UUUGGCAUACAUAGGCUACAUGAUUAUUAUUGGAACUGCAGGCCAUUAUUCCGUUUGCACCGAGAAGUCAGGGCAACUACUGAAACUUUUACACCGCGUGGGAGUGUCUCACCUUCAGGGAAAUCCUGCAGCAGCGAACUCCACUCCUUUCUGCUCAGGUGAGCGUCGGUCUGUGAGUGUACCUUCCCUAGAGGCGUGACUUGGGCCCAUCUGUCAACUGCUCAGAUAAAAGUCAGACACGCACUUUCAGAAUUGAUAGAUAGAGAGCUGUUGGAUUAGACAUGAAAAAGUCGGUGAGUUUAACAUCUGAAGACUCCCUUCCUCCGCUGGAAGAUUAUGUGGACUCUGUCUGCACCGACGAGCUGCUUGGCUCUCAGUCCCGCAUCUGGCUGGCGGACCUCCGGAUCAGGGACAGGCCUCCGGAGAGCGGGGACCUGAGCUCGGUCGGCCGCGACGGACUGUACGUGGACAAUUAUUUCCCCGUGGGAGAGCUGGAGAUGCAGCCCGGGGUGCAGUGGAAACGACCAAAGGAGCUCUGUGCCUCACCUCAGUUCAUAGUAGAUGGAGCUUCACGACUGGACAUCUGCCAGGGAAGACUCGGGGACUGCUGGUUACUUUCUGCCAUUGCAUCUCUCUCCAUGAAUCGUUCCCUGCUCCAGAAGGUCAUGCCUCUAGAACAGAGCUUCCAAGAUGGGUACAAUGGAUGCUUCGUCUUCAGGUUCUGGCAGUACGGACAGUGGGAGGAGGUGAGGAUAGACGACUUGUUGCCCACUAAGGGCAACAAGCUUAUCUACCUCAGCUCCCCAGACAAACACGAGUUCUGGAGCUCCCUGCUGGAGAAGGCUUACGCCAAGCUCAAAGGUGGCUACAGAGCUCUGGACAUGGGCUUCCCUCAUGAGGCUAUGGUUGAUAUGACGGGCGGGGUGGCGGAGGUUUUUGACAUUGUCUCACUGCCCAGAGACCUGCCAGCCUUCCUCAGACACCUGCUGGAUAAAGGAGCAUUCAUCAGCUGUGCCAACUGCAGGGGUCCUUUGGAGAAAAAGAAUGAAUUCGGGAUCAUGUUCAGACAUGCCUACUCUCUGACUGCAGUAGAGAAGGUGAAGACGACAUACGGCACCGAGGAUUUGGUGCGAAUCCUCAACCCCUGGGGCAACACGGAGUGGGAGGGGCCCUGGAGUGACAUGAAAGGUCCAGAGUGGAACACAGUGAGCGCCAUAGAGCAGAAAAGACUAGACAGAAUCAGCUUGGAUGACGGGGAGUUCUGGAUGUCGGUGUCAGACUUCCGGCAGCAAUUUGAGAUUAUGGAGGUUUGUCACCUGACUGACAAUCUCAGCGAAGGCUCCAGCAAGCUGCCGUGGAGCUGCAUAAUGCUUCAUGGGAGCUGGGAGCCGGGCACCACAGCAGGAGGCUCUCACCAAGGGGGUUUGUUCUGGCAGAACCCUCAGUUCUACUUUGUCCUGUCAGAGGUGGACAGUGGCACAGCCAACACUCAGAAGACCUGCUCCUUCAUUUUGGCUCUGAUGCAGAAACACCUGGGACGUAAGGGCAUUAACCUGGCCGUAGCCCUGUAUAUAUACCCGGCCCAUCCUAAGAAUACAUAUCUGACGGCUGGGGACUUAAGUGUGCUCCGCCCGGUCCUCUGCAGCCCUCAGUACAUCUCACGUCGGGAGGUUCUUCUUCGCGGUUCCCUUCCACCAGGUCGUUACAUCAUCAUCCCUUCAACUGCAGAGCCCAAUCAGCAGGGAGAGUUCCUACUGCGGGUGCUGACGGAGCAGGGCAAUGCUGCCACUCCAGCUCACAGUCCAAAGGCAAAAGAAAUCUCUCCAUCAACACAGCCUUCAUAUCCUCACGAGACUGCCCUUCCUUCGCUUAAAUCUACCAAACAGCUGUUCAUGAAACACUGCGAUAAGAAUGGGUUUUGCAAACCAGUGAACCUCUACAAACUGCUGAAUGAGGCCUUAAAGGGAGGAGUGUUGGCCGGAAGUGAGAAGUACUUGGCUCUGGAGCACUGCAAGAGCAUGGUGGUCCUCAUGGAGAGCCAAGACAUUGCUCAGCUAAACUGGCCAGAGUUCCAGGGUCUGUGGGACAAAAUCCGGAAGUGGACGGAUAUCUUCCUUGUGUUGGACAAGAAUAAAAAUCAGCGGCUUGAGUAUCAAGAGGUCAGCCCCGCUCUGAAGGCAGCAGGCAUCGUGGUGGAUGAUUUGGUAAUGCAGAUGGUUGGACUGAGAUACACAGAGCCGGACUUGACCAUCAGUUACCCCGGCUUCCUGUACCUGCUGAUGAAGCUGGAGAGCAUGAUCCGCAAAUUUCAAGCGUACGACAUGGUGGGGAUGGGAACCAUAGCCAUCAGCUACAGACAGUGGCUCCACAUGACCAUGUACAACUGACCUGACCUGGUUCACUCCCGGACCUUACGGAUUCAUCAGGAUUUGCUUUUUUAAAUUUUAGAGUUAAUGUGCCAUUAUUUGCCAGAUGUGUGAAAGUAGAUUGUCCUCCACAAUCCAACGAUCCAGACAGAUUUUUGAAUUAUCAAAAACUGAGCCCACGGUGUAUCAAUUUGUUCCAAUGUUCAUAAAAAAAUGACAAAAUGUUGAUGUCAUGAUAGAUGUAGUUUGGUAAAUUUCAGAAUUGUAUCUCAAAUGGAGAUUUGAUAAGUAUUUGUGAAAAAAAAUAAAAUACAGACAUUUUUGUGCUGUCUAGCUUAAGUACAAAAAAUCUCUCUAUUAAUAAUCUAAAUAUUGUCUUGAUAACUGCAUUUUUUGAAAAUAGUUUGAAAUCUCCCUUUACGUGCCUGGUGAUUGUCUGUGCCAAAGGGUGAAGCCAUGCAUGGUUUGCCCUUUGUGUUUAAUGUUUAAGGUUGAGAGUUUGAGCCCUGGGUGAUGCAGAAUAAACAUGCUAAUACCUACUCAGGCAUUGUGCUGUGUGGAUUAGAGACUCAUGACUUUAAGGUUUAAUGGCAGUUUUGGUCUGGACAGUUCUGCUGACGGACCCUCCUGUAUUUCUCAUGUCUGCCUCCUCCUCUUCCUCCUUCUUCUUCCUUCUAAAAAUGCCCACCCCUGACUAUAGCAACAGCUAUAUUGUUCGUCUUGUAUGCUUUCAUCAUAUAAUCAAACAGUAACAAUGGAAACACCUUUAAGAAUUCCCUUCAGUUGUGAAAACAACAGAGGUGGAAGGUCAAAGCAAGAUGGGAUGAAGUUUAUGAUUCACUGUGUUGGUGACACUUGAUCAAAGGUCACCUCAAUGAUUUAAUGAAUAAAACUUGAUGAUGAUCACCUU